UGUCCACAUCCGUAUAUGCCUGAUCUGGCUAUUGAUCAAAAAUGGAGAACGGAACCAGAUGAAAUUCGAACCAACAAGUUCAAUGUGGCUGAUUCUAGCGUUAUUUUAGAAACAACUCGGUCUGGGAAAAUAUACAUCAAGAUGUCUUCUAGUUCUAAUUCUAGCUCUAUAGAUAUGUCAACGGUUCUCUAUCAUCUUAACGAAGCUUGUGAGGGUGCCCAAUUAGAGCAGUUGAAGCUAGCGCUUGAAUGCUUGGGGAUCGGUCAAGGAAAAGUUAACAAAGUAAAGAAAGUACAUGAUGCUUACAAUUGUUUCUGCUGUGAAAAAUCAACUGCCAAUGAGGCCAUCCCACUACUUUAUGCUAUCCUCGAGGAGAUUGCUGUGCCAGUCAGAGUUCUUCGGGGAUUAAAAAAAUGGACAACUACUGAAAAGCUCAAGGAAUGUCGUAAAAGAAAAGACUUCAGUUUCGCCAAGAUGAUCAUUAAGCUGUGUAAUGAAUUCACUCAAGAAGACUUUGCGAAGUUUUGCCAACUUUGUCUAGUUCACCUUGACCACAUGGUUAAUUCAGAUCAUUGUGAUACAAUUGUGAAGCUGUUCCAGAAGCUUAUUCGAGCCAGGAAAGUGGUUUAUCCUGGCAGUGUGCAAGUCCUGAGUGAGAUUCUGACAGAAAUGCAGAAAGAGAGCAGUCUGGAGUAUGUGCAAGAGUACAACAGAGUGAUUGGAUAUUUUAGUGAGGCAACACAGGAAGGUUCUUUAGAAGAUGCGCUACCUCUCCCUGGUACUAGUGAGCAGCAAGAUGUGAUGACUGAUGUGGACAGCACUAUUACGUUUGAAGCAGCUAUAUCCAUUGAGCAACAAAGUAGAGGUCAACAAUCCUUGGUAGUUGGUAACUCAACACCCAUGGUGUACAGUACUCCACAAAGACAGUCAUGUACAGAUAUCCGUAAUGGUUAUGGAACUGAGGAAGCACAAAGACCUGGUCAUAUCGGUCAAUCUCCAGUGAAGGCAUUCACUAUUCCUAACAGUCCCACUGGUUCUACUCCACAAGUUGAUAGCUCACCAACAGACAGUGAGCCAUUUCAAACUGACUCGGGUAUCUCACCUCAGCAAAACUCUAGUGUCGAAAUCUUCGUCAAUGAUACAGAUGUUUUUGAUAGCAGUCAAGAUAUUGAGGUGGAUGGAGGAAACGAUAAGAAAAAGGAGGAAUCAAAACCGCUCAUUGGUGAGAUGCGCACGGAUUCCCCAAAACUAUUCAACAAAAAGAACAAAAUGUUGUUGAUUGGAUGCAUAGCUAUUGCUGUUUUAACAGUACUCUUUGCUGGCUCUGUUGCCAUGGUUAAAAUAGGCAUACAAAUAUAUCUCAAAAAUUUGGCCAUUGUCGAUAAGAGCACCCGGAAUAAUACACUAUUUGCAGUCGAAGGUGACACUAUUGUGCUAGCGGGAAUGGUGGAUACUGGUGUUGUUUCCAAGGUAACGGUGGAAGAGACGACAGAACGUGGCGAUUCAUCACAUGUGAGCAGCGUGUUCCUUGUACGUCAGAAUGACCUCAAAAAGCACAGUGUGAGUAUCAGCAAACAUUUUAGCGGGUUCUACUCUAAAAUACCGUGGAGGACAACUGGACUUAUCGAUCACACCUACAUUUUAGGCGGUGGACUCAUUAACUAUUCAUUCUGUGCUACCCAUCCCUCUGAAGGCACGGGUGACGGAUAUAUAUACAUUUUCGAUAGUGAGAAGCAUUAUUCUGACUAUUCAGCCCAACUUCCUGGCUCUCAAUCGCUUUUUAGCGUUUACAAAGAAAAGCUUAAUAUCGGAACUUUUAACCAGUUGGAGUGUAGGUCGCUUGAGUUCCCGAUAGCCGAUCCAGGUUAUUAUUUUGUAGUUGUCGAUACACCUGGAGAUCUCUACUACAAUUAUUCAUAUGAAAUCCGAGAUAUUCAUUUGGAUCACAUGGACUAUGAUUCAGUUUGCGAACAAGUGUACGAGGGUCAGGCCUGCUCAUUCGAUCUGCCUACAGAAGUUGGAUGCUACUCUGUUCUAGCGUACGUGACCCCUCAUGUUGACCUUGAAUCCCACACUACACAUCUCCGCCUGAUGACCAGUGGUGUCACUAAAACUGUUAAAUAUGAACUGACGAUGUCUGUGGUUUUGUUUUGUGUUGGUGGAGGCGUUCUAUUGCUGUGUUUUGUAUUUCUUGCUGUUUUUGUGAUUGUAUGUGUACUUAGGCAAAAAAAACUGUAUCGUCGUCGGUUGCUUUUCUUGUCAGUAUAAUUAUGUUUAUUACUGAAUUGCUGCUUAUCUACAUGUAUUUGUUUCUUACGAAUUUUACUUGUCUAUAAAUUGAAA